ACUUCAGCCUUUACUGUCUGAUUGGAGGCUGUUGCUAUCGCUAAAGCUAAUAAGACAAACAGCGGCGGGCAAUAACAAUUAAUCAAUGGCGGAAAUUGAACGAUCAACUUACGUGAACACUUCAGAUUCAGAAAAUAAUUGGUAGAAUGCAUUUCGAAAUAACUUUAAUUCAAAGAAUAACGUGGACUUAUUUUUACGUGUAUUUUUUUAUCAAUUAGCACCGGCUAUUUUGUGAAGAUCGGCGUUUUAUUAAUUAUAUAGGCAAUUAUCGAUGACUGCAACUCGCAAAGUGCAUCUUUAACUACGUUAUCGCAACCAAACGCCGAACCUUGUCCGUUCGUCGCGAGUCGGAUAAUUCUUCAAAGGCUCACGUUUACGCGUUUUUGAUUCACUAAAAAGAACCGAGUCAUAAGAGUCAUUCGUUCGAACAUGUCGCCUUGUGUGUCUUUGCCUCACCGUAAAGAAUUAGGUUUGAAAAGUGGUACGUUAACUUUGAAAACGUGUGCACUUAAAAGGGAGCGCGCGAAAAAUCAUUCUGGAAGUUCUGAAAAACACUGGUUGUUUAUUUUUAGAUACUAAAAAGACAUCCCCUUAACGAUAUUUGAAACCGCAGUCUUGAUUUAAACGGGCGCUCCUCAAGUGUGUGUUUUAAACCCGCCAUUCGGUCUUGAUUGUUUAAAGUGCUCGGUUUCCAGGAAUCGAUACGAGUCUAAUCGGAAGAGCGUCGUUUCCUCUGAUUGGCUCGUCCAGGCGCGCGCGUCUGCAGUGGGACUAUAUAAGCGCAACAGGCGACCUGCGGAUCCGAACCUCUCUCACCGCAGCCUGGGAAAAGACAGCACACACACACACAUACACACACACACUAAUGAACGCCGAAGUGCCUCUGAAACUGAACACUGUGUGAGGAUUCGCAAAGAAGAGGAAAACCGUUUGCAAAUCCAGCAUCACCCAGCGGCUUCAGCCCAGAGGGAUCAUGUGGGUUCUGGAGAAGAUCCGGGACUCAGUCGAAACAAAUGUGCUCCGCCAAGGAGAGGCGGGUGACAAGGGGAAGGCGCCUGUCUAUAGCAACGUCCUCACACCCGACAAGAUUCCAGAUUUCUUCAUCCCCCCUAAGCUGGUAAGCUGCCCACCAGAGACCGACGCUUCUGACGUCAAGUCCAAAGAAAGUCUGAAACCCUCGACCUCGGAGCAAACCAUCAGCAACAAGAAGAUCAGCAGCCCUCGUAGCCCGCGACUGGUCAGCAAGUUGGCAGGAGACACCAAGAACCUGCUCAGGGCGGCUAACCGCCACAUCAUUCAGAUCGAGAGCGCCGACGAAGUCGUGGCGGGUGACACCAACGCCGACCCUCAAUCCCAGACCGCCAUGUCGCUUCCUUACAUCCCAAAGACUCAGACUUCUUACGGAUUUGCCACGUUGAUGGAGAGUCCCCACACCCGGCGGAAAGAGUCCCUGUUCCACUGCGACCACACCAGUCCGGUCACGUCACCCAAUACCCAACGCAAGUCCCAAGGCAAGAGCAGCAACGAAGGGAAUCACCUCAACCCUCCGGACUUCAGCAGCUCUCACAUAAACCCCUACCGGUACUUCAGCGGUGGCGAGAGCGACACCUGCUCCUCGGCAGAGUCGUCCCCGUUCAGUUCGCCGCUGCUCUCUCGCUCCGCCUCUUUACUGAAGAUCUUUACCCACGAGACACAGGCCAAGGUCGCCAAAGGUAAGCGGACAUUUGCCAGGCACAGUUCCUUAUCCACAGACGAGUGCAGCUCAGCGGAGCCCAGUCCUAACGUUUCUAGACGGAGCCAUUGUUCCUCUUUGCAAGGUGGCGGAGCUCUGGACCACCUUCACGGAGCGGACCGCCAACAAAAAGAGCACACCAUCAACAUGCACAAAGGAGGCACCGUCCGGCUUUGCGCAGACUACGACGGAGGUACGGCCCGCCUGCGAAUCCGCAUUAUGGCGGCCGAGGACCUGUAUGAUCCCGUGUUUGACAUUAAGAGCAUCAACUGUUGCGUGUCGCUCUACCUCAAUCCGGGCAAGCUGCAGAAGCAGAGGAGCACGAUAAUCAAGAACAGCCGCAAUCCCGUCUUCAACGAGGACUUCUUUUUUGAUUCGGUGACUUCGGCUCAGGUUAAGAACCUAGCUUUGAAGAUCAAGGUUGUGAAUAAAGGCACUAGCCUGAAACGAGACAUGCUGUUAGGUGAACGGGAGGUCGCUUUGUGCAAGCUCUUGUCUGGAUUUUAGGCCCAUCAGAAUGGGACGCUGUCUUCAGAGGUGGAAUAAGUGCUAGAUAUUUGCUUUCGUUGUCUUUCAUGUAGCGGUGGUUAAUUUAGCAUUUACAGAUUCAGUAGCAACAACCACCACCUGCUCCGGAUCGAGGUGUCAGCAUAGCUUUAAAUUAGUUGCCCGUAAAUAUAGAGUCUAUGACAAAGUCUUUUUGUAUGUUGCCGUAUUUUGGUUGUUCUACGCGUUUAGCCUAAUUAAGACCAAGCGUUUACCUUUUUGAUUGUAAAGACUUCUUUCCAGAGCCGCAGUCCUUUGAAGCUUCACAAUGGCCCUCUGUGCUAAUGUUAGCUUUGAUCCGGGACGCGUCUGCUGGCUAAUUUGGAGGACAAAUAAGCAGACUGAACAAUGUUGCGUCACACUGCAUGUGUCGGAGUCAGACUUUGGCGUAAACUUGUAAAUGCGAUGACGUAUUCUUGCAAAUGUGCAGAAUGUCAUUUGGUGAAACCCAGAAGCCUUACUAAAGAUCGUUUAUCGUUUUGGUUGGUUUUUUUUUGUCUUUUAUUUAAAUUUUUUUGCAUGUUUAGAUUUGCUCAGAUUAGAUCAUUUUUAGACUGAGCAUUGUUAUCUGUAUCUGUUUGCUGGAUAUCAUUGUAUGAAAUGAGGGUUCUGGCUUGGACUCUUCGUCAAAAGCCUUUUAAGAAACAGGGUCUUUGAAAGUCUUUCCAUGCACACUACUUACACAGAGCAAAGUAACGAGUAAAUAUCUACUCAUGAGAUCUAAAUUUCAAUCCUGUAACCAAAAAUGUAAUGGUAAAAUUCAAAUGCUAAAAUGUAGUAGAAUUAUGUGGAAAGGAUCUGGAUAUGAUUAUCUGUCAUUAUGCAAAUGGUGGGUCUGAUGUGCAAUUUGCGUUUUCAACAGACAGAAACCAUAUGAAUUGAAAAGUGGUUGAAAUUGAACAUGAAUGGCCGGAUGCAUGGAUCUUUCUUUUCUGGCCUGAUGUAUUUGUUAUUUUUUUCUGAUUACGCAAUCCAAAAUAGCUAUUCAAUUAUUGGAAAGACUGUCUAGCCUCCUUUUGAUUUAUAUAAAAGUAUAUCAAUUUAGUAAGCGUUUAUUUCCCUUCUGGCUGCGCUUUAUAGAUAAAGAGCAUUUUUGAGGUAAUGAGGCAGCUAGUACUCAUUAAAAUGCUAAAAAAACA